AAUUUCGUCUACGGAAUUUUGUUUUUUGACUUCAUCUUCAAAAAUUGUUCACAUGGCGUCCUUCCGGAAAAUUCAUUAAAAACCUUAAAAUGGAUUGGGGAAUAUGAGAUCUUCUUUUACAAACAGUGUUAUACUAGCAGAGCUCCUAAUAAAUAAAAGAGCGGUUCCUGUGAAAUUCUAAAGAUAGCACCAUGGCUGGGACAACAGCAAUGAACCAGGAACAGGGCUUCUUCCACAUGCCCAAAUUACAGGUGCCUAACUACCAGAAACCGCGAGUAUUCCUGCCAAACUUCAACCAGGGUCAGGAUGGGGACAAGUCAAGGGUGCAGUCAGGACCUCCUGUCUACAAUGCAACGAAGUUCUCCGGGGGAGGUAUAGAGAUUGACUUUGAUGGAAAACGAAUUCGAAAGACAAUGGUCCGAAAAACAGUUGACUACAACACAUCUGUGAUGAAAUAUUUAGAGAAUCGUAUCUGGCAGAGAGAUAAGCGAGAUGCACGGUCCAUCCAGCCUGACGCCCUCUACCAGUUGGAGGUGACGCCACCCUGCGAUUUGCAGCACAAAUCGAUGAAUUGUAUGACUACCAAGUUUAUGAGGCAGUCCACAAACAAGUUCCGAUGCCCAAUCUUCUGUAUAUCUUGGACCCCAGAGGGCCGUAGGCUGGUGACUGGUGCAUCAAGCGGGGAAUUUACGCUCUGGAAUGGCCUCACAUUCAGCUUUGAAACUAUCUUGCAGGCCCAUGAGACGUCAGUGCGAGCAAUGGUGUGGAGCCAUAACGACCAGUGGAUGGUGACGGGGGAUCACGCGGGCUUCAUCAAGUACUGGCAGACAAACAUGAACAACGUGAAGAUGUACCAGGGACAUAAAGAACCCAUCCGUUCCAUCAGUUUUUGCCCCACCGAUUCAAAGUUUGCCACCAGUUCAGAUGACGGCACUGUCAGAAUAUGGGACUUCUUGAGAUGUUAUGAGGAGAAAAUACUUCGAGGUCAUGGAGCAGAUGUAAAGUGUGUAGACUGGCAUCCCUACAAGUCUCUAGUUGCCUCCGGUAGCAAGGAUAACCAGGUCCCUAUCAAACUCUGGGACCCAAAGUCUGGCCAGAGUCUCGCCACACUGCAUGCCCACAAGUUCACAGUGAUGGACAUCAAGUGGAAUCGCAACGGCAACUGGCUUCUUACAGCUGCUAGGGACCAUCUUGUGAAGCUUUUUGAUAUCAGAAACCUGAAAGAGGAGCUGCAGGUCUUCAAGGGACAUAAAAAGGAGGCAACUGCCGUAGCCUGGCAUCCCAUUAAUGAGCCAAUUUUUGCCAGCGGCGGAUCAGAUGGAGCUGUCAUGUUUUGGGAGGCAGGGACGGAGAAGGAGAUUGGAGCCAUGGAGGAGGCCCAUGAUGCCAUUGUGUGGGACCUGGCCUGGCAUCCCCUGGGACAUGUACUGGCAUCAUCCUCAAAUGACCAUUCCACGAAGUUUUGGACAAGGAAUCGCCCUGGGGAUCCAAUGAGAGACAAGUACAACCUGAAUAUAGCUGUGAUAGGCCCGGAUGGGGAGCCAAUUGACCUAGACUCGAGUGACGUCCACCUUGGAGAGACGAAGGGAGCACUGCCGGGAAUGGGCCUAGAAUAUGGCCUGCCUCCGGACAAGGAGGAGAAAAUGGAGCCGGCUGAAGAGUUGCCGGCCAUCCCUGGUCUCGAUUGGUCAGCAGACGCAGAGUUCUUCAAGGAGGAACGUUCACACCAUGAUGACCGGGGCCGCCGGAAGGCCCCCUAUACAAGGCCCAUUCCACGGUCCUUUGAGCAGGCCUGGGUCACAAAUCAGCAGCCUACUAUCGUCAAGAGAGAUGACGCAGCCAGGACCCCAAAGAUUAAAUCAUUAUUGUCAUUAGACAUAGCACCUCCACCAAAGAAUAAAGAAAUAGACAGGGACUCUGAAGAAAGAGACGACCCAUACAUUGGUUACUAUGGUGAGGAAGAUGAAGACUUCCGCCAGGAUGAGGACAUGCGGGGGGAUGAAGAUUACCGUGGUGACCUUGAUUUCAGAGGAGAGGAAGGGCCUCCAUCAGAACCCUUCAACCCGGACCCCUCAAGUUUUUUGCCUGGGGCUCCCAGUGCUGGUCCACAGACAUCAAAUCAGGGUCCUCCAGGGGUAGCGUUACAACAGGGACAGAAUAUGGGCCCAAAUGGCAAUUUCCCACCCCAUGGAGGACCCCCUGGUUCUGGCCCUGGAAUGGCGCCUAAUGAUGGUCAACACAUGGCUAGGGGUGGCUACCGUCAAGGGGCACCAGAUCACAGAGACCAGGGUUACCAUGGAAAUGAUAGUCAGGGAUCGUAUGAUUCUUUUGACCAUGAUUACAGAGGAGACAUUAAUGACAGGGCAGGGUCAUAUCAUGGUCAGAAUAGUGAGGAAUAUGAAGACAAUGACAGAAGAUAUGGGGACUAUGAUUCUCGUGGUCGUGGGGCUAGGAACCAGGAUGGAUACCGGGGUAGAGGAAGAGGGAGGGGGAGAGGGAGUGACAGUUACAAUGACAGAGGGGCUGGGGGUAACUGGGACAAUAAUGAUUAUCAUGGUGAUGGGGAAAAUUACAAUGAAGGCAAUGACAGGGGUGGCGGAGGGGGAUAUCAAAAUCAGAACAGGGGUAGAGGCGGAUAUAGGGGUGGAGGUGAGAGAGGAGGCAGAGGGGGUGGGGGAGAUAGGGGAAUAAGAGGGGGAGAUAGGGGUGUAAGAGGGGGAGAUAGGGGAGGUCGAGGGGGUGGGGGUGAAAGAGGGGGCAGAGGAGGUGGUAGUGACAGAGGGGGGCGAGGGGGAAGGGGUAAUCGAGGUGGACAGAGGGGUGGAUAUAGAGGGGGUGGGGAAAACAGGGGUGGAGGAAGAGGACGGGGGAGGGGUAGGGGGUUCAGGGGAAACUGA